AUGCCAACUCGCAACGAGGUGUCCUGGAAUGCCAUCAUCCAAGCGACUGCCCAGAAUGGGCAUCCGGACGACGCGAAGUACAUGUUUGACAAGAUGCCUCUCUGGGGCAUUGCUACGUGGAACAUUCUUUUCUAUGCUUACGCGCAGCAAGGCAGGGUAUUGGAGGCAGCUCGGAUUUUUCGAACAAUGCCCGAGCACAAUCUCAUGUCAUGGAACGCUAUGCUGGCAGCUUUUGCCCAGUAUGGGCAUCAAAUGCAGGCAAAGUGUUGCUUUGACAAGAUGCCCGAGCGCAACAUUGGUGCUUGGAACUCUAUGAUUCUACUCCAUGGCAAUCUUGGACUGCUAACUUUGGCACACUUGGCCUUCCACAAGAUGCCCGCCUGGGACGUCAUCUCCUGGAACACUUUGUUUCGAGCGAUGUAUCAAAACGGGCACCUGGAUCACGCUACGGAGCUCUUUCUUUGCAUGCCGGAGCGUAGCAUUGUAACGUGGACCUCCAUGAUCGAUGUGCAUGGUCAGGGAGGCUAUCUCGACCGCGCCGUGGAAACUUUUAACUCGAUGCCAUGCCGCGACGUCGUUGCCUGGAACGCACUGAUAGCAGCAAAUGUUCUGAAUGGUCAUUUGCAUGGUGCUGCCGUGGUAUUCACCUCUAUGCCCCUGCAUGAGGCAUUUGGCUGGACGACCAUGUUGGCCACUUACGCAGGUCAAGGAUGCAUGGAAAUAGCACGUGAGAUGUUUGAAUCUCUUUCAAAAAGGAAUGUCGUUUCAUGGAAUGCAAUGAUCCAAGCUUAUGCCCAGAGUGGGCACGGCUUCGAGGCCUUGGAGCUUUACCACGAGAUGCUUCUCUGCGGCGUGAUGCCUGACGAGGCAUCGUUUAAGAGUGUCAUGGUGGCGUGCAGCUACGUCGGGAUGUUGCACGACACUUGCCACGCAUUACUUGUGUCCAUGGCGAGUGAUUUUGACGUUGCUCUAAGCAAAGAUCACUUCAACUGCAUCGCAGACAUGCUAGGGAGGAGCGGGCAGCUAGAUCGAGCCGAGGAGUUUGUCCAUAGCAUGCCAGUGCCACCUCUUGAAAAGGCCACGGCGUGGAGUGCAUUGCUGGGGAACUGCAAGCUCCAGCAGGACGCCGAACGAGCAGCUCGAGUGGCAGAGCACGCUCUGGAGCUCAACCCGGGAGACUCCGCUACCUACAUACUGCUCGCAAAUUUGUUUGCAUCCUCAGGACGUCUCCAAGACGACAUGGUGUAA